AUGGAUGUAGACAACGAGCAUUCAGAUGGCGGCAGUCAACCGCCGCCCAGCACUGAACACACGCCCCAGGGAGCUUCUGCGCAAGCUGGGGGAGCGUCGGGAAAUCCAACCCCCACCUCAGUUCAGUCUGCAAAUACGCCCUCGACUGCAUCGGGCAAUGCAUCCACUGCCGCUCAUUCACAGAACUCGAAACGUCGUCGAGGGCUAGGCGUUGUGACGCCCAAUGCCUGUACGGAGUGCCGCAAGAAACGCGCAAAGUGUGAUGGCAAGAAACCAUGCGGGCGCUGCAGAGCGCAAAAAGAUGUCGAGUGCGUAUACGAAAUACCUGUGCGCCAGUCAAAGGAGAAUUUGCGAACUGAAAUCGAGACUCUACGCCAGAAGCAACGAUCCAGUGAUCAAAUAUUCGCUGCGCUUGUUCGACCUGAGCUAUGGGAAGGGGUUCUCACACGACUUCGAGGUGGACAACCCAUCGAGAGCAUAUCAGAAUGGAUAGCAAGCGUGCCGCCCUCUGGGGGGGGUCCGCUGCCCAACUUUCCCAAUCGACCCGAAGGGCCUGCGAUGGGACCCGGGCCAGGUUUCCCGGGAGGUGGGCUGGGAACGUUGGCGGCGAUGAGUCUCGGUAUGAGCCAGGGGCCACCACAGCAGCCUCCCAUCAGAGAGAUGGGCCAGCAAAGUCCCUGGCAUUCAUCUUUCCGCAGUCAGACAGGAUCAACGAGGAGCAGUUCUUACCCAGAUGUUAUGAAUUGGACGCCACAAAACCGUGUCGGAUCUUGGGCAGAAGGAAUGCAUCCAGAACAGAUGACAGAUGGCCUACCGCGAUAUCGAGGGGUCGAGCAAAUUUUGUCACCUCUGAACGAACCGGAACUCCGAACAGCUGCGUCAACGUGGACUUCUCUUACUAGCGACAAUACUCUUGUUCAACAUCUUUUGGCAUUGUAUUUUUGCUGGGAGUACCCGACAUUCGCAUCUCUUAGUAAAGAACAUUUCUUACAUGACUUUCAACAAGGACGAAACCGUUACUGUUCACCAAUACUAGUCAAUGCCCUCCUCGCAUUGGGCUGCCGUUUCUCAACUCAGCCCAUGUCUCGAGCGAAUCCCAAUGACCCAUACACUUCCGGAGACCAUUUCUUCAAAGAGUCACUAAGACUUUUCUCUCAAGAGACAGACCAUCACUCGUUGACCACAAUCCAAGCUUUGGGCAUAAUGUCGAUCCGAGAAGCUAGUUGCGGACGAGAUUCGGAAAGUUGGUAUUACGCUGGUCAGAGCAUCCGACUAGCUAUUGAGAUGGGAUUGCAUAGAAUCAUGGAUGAAGGGGAUGAGGAUGAACUCGCUGUGCAAUCAGCAACCUUCUGGGGAGCAUUUGCACUAGAUCAUGCAUGGUCCCUCGCUACAGGCUCACUGCCACAAUGUUCCUGCUUCCCGCACUUACCACCAAAACCGGCAAUAAUAGGAGAUAUCGAGGCUUCUUUAUGGGUGCCAUAUACUGAUGACGGGGCUCCAUUGCAACGAUCCUGCCAGCAACCGUCAAAUGUAAGGUCUGUGUACAAGUGUUUUUGUGAGCUGAGCGAGCUGGUACAUCAAUCCUUGUACAUCUUACAUUCUCCGGGUAGACCUCUCACUGCAAGAGAGCUCUUGAACAUGUAUACCCAGUACCUUAACUGGUAUGAUCGAAUUCCUGAAGUUCUUCGGCUGGGGCACAACUUUACCCCAGCUGUGUUGUUUGCACACAUGUACUACCAUUUUGCUAUCCUACUCCUUUUUCGACCUUUAAUCAAGCUGCGGAUCAUCGGGUCUAAAGUCUCUCCUCGUGACGUCUGCUCUCAGGCAGCCGACGCUAUCCAAGGCCUCCUGAGAUCUUACUCUUCCCUCUACACGUUACGACGAACUCCCUCAUUCGUGCCGUAUUUCGUCCUCACGUCAGCCAUCAUGCACUUGGCAAUUGGCGCAAUUUCUGUCAAUCCGGAAGCUACUGAAGCCGACGUGAAGAAGGCGGUCAAGGUUGAUCCUCGCGCGGCUGAAGCUAUCACUCAAGGUAUCUCGGAUCUUACUGAAAUGGCCCCCUGUCACCAGUUCGCCGAGCAGGCACUCAACAUACUACGGUAUCUUGCUGUGAAGUGGAAUAUUGAUGUCGAAAAUAACGUCGACAAGCUCACGGCGGAAGAAUAUGAUCGCCUUGUCCUGCCGCAAACAGGAAGUCUGAACUUUUUUUCGCCGAAUAUGCGCCACGGAGAUAUAACGUGCCAAUGGGGUACAGAAAACUUCAUGCCAGGGACACCGAAACAGUCGCCCUCAGUCCAAAAGGUGGGGGACAGUUUGGAAAACCCUCUCUUCUGGCCCUUCCCUAUGCAAGGUCGGCCUAUACUUCCCGAUGGCCUUGAAUUAGAACAUGCCGGCUUUUCUAUACUCUGA